UAUGGCGUAUAGUUUUACCUCUAACGAUACUUAUGAAUUUUUAGUAGAUAAUGAUUCUGAGUAUUCGUUAGCCUGUCCCCAUAUAUUUCCAAUACAUCCAGACUUUUUGGCAGUUGAAGGGUUGGACAUUGUCGAUUUGGUCAAUUUUCCGCCAUUUGACACGAAGCGAGUUGAAACGCUUAAUAACUUAAGUCUUAAACCUGAAGAUGUAAAUUUAUGGUUAUUACUUUCAAGUCGCUUACCUCCGAUAGACUACCAUCAAGAUGAUAUAUCGUGCGACCCUGUUUUAUCUAUAAACGACGAGGUUAUGCCUUAUGAGCCUCACUUUAGAAUUGACGAGUGGGUAUAUCCGGCACCAGACCCAGACCCAGAUCCUGAACCUCUUUCACUCGUGGUAAAUAAUAAAAAACGGAAGGCUAAUUCUCCAACCGUCCGCUAUAGGAUCACUAAGUCCAGGGAUGAUGACUGUGAAGCAAAGGAAACGGCAACAGAGCAACAUAUAUUAACCAGGGACGCUAAUAAUCUACUCAAACACGAUUCAAGUUUGGAGAGCCAACCUCCGAAAGAUCGACUAAGUUCUGUCACGUCAAGUGAACGUCAGCCUAUAAUAGGUGUAACUGUAUUGAAUAAGCAGGAAGCUGUCCAACAACCGGCGGCAUAUAUGGACAGUAUUGACGAGUCUGAAGUUGUUCAGUCAUUGGUAGAUGUAACUACUUCUGUCAAUGAGUCCUCCUUGCAGCAACCAAAUAUAAUUGCGACUAUCGUCAAUGAAUCGUCAUUGAUUGAACCUACCUCAUUAUCAACAACAGUAAAUGAACCUCCAAUGAUUCAACAACCAACCUUAAAUUUAGCUACUGUGAGCGAAUCUUCAACAAUCCAGCCGAAUAAUGUUAUUGUGGCUCAUAUUAACAAAUCUCCAGUAGUUAAAUCCAACGUAAUACUAGCUACAGUACAUAAAAAUCAAAAUAUGCCGUAUCUCCUAAAUGUACCUGUAGUAAAUGAACCUUUCACUCGUCAAGCUAAUAGUUCAGCUAUGACUCGAAUGAAUUGCGGUGCUACAAUAGAACCGAGCAUAUUUAUAAAAGAACCUUUAAUUCUUCCGUCUAGUAUGAUUGUAAAUGGAAUUCCAACAAUUCAGCCGGAAGUGAAUACAGUUGAUGAACCUUUACCAAAUUUAGAUGAGUCGAAGGAGGAGACUGGGGCUAUGGUAAAUAAAGUCAGCUUAUCAACAUCGAACGAAUCUCCGUUGAUCGAAUCGCCUUCGGCUGAUCCUAAAUCAAGUGAAGGUUUAAUGAACCAGACUAGAAGUGUUAAAGAUAGUUUUGCAGUAUAUAAUCAACAGUAUACAACGAUUAAUGAACGUCCUGUUAAGAUACAAAGGACUUUAGCCUAUACUGCACAAUAUGUUGAAGUAAUAACGGAGGAAUUGACAUCAGCAAAAUCUGAUUCCGAAUUACAAAUAACGGAAUUACCCAAUGAGCCGAAUACGGAACCUAAUAAUACAUUUUCUGAUUUAAAUAACAACGAUAAAGAGUCGCACAAGGAAAGCGAUGAAAGUAAGGAAUUCGCCAACCAGAGAGAAUAUACAUAUCCGUUACUUCAUCAUGAAUAUAACAGUAAAUCAGAUCCUACCGGAGAUAUGCAAUUUAACGUGGAAAACGUAUAUUCUCUUCCCUGGAAGCAAAUUUCGAAAUUAAUUGAUGAGGGAAAAAAUGUUAAUAUUGUCUUCCGAUUUAAGAAUAAUGUAGGCUUUCGGAGGGCUAGAGUUAUUCGAAGGAAUAUAGCAAAACCUUUGGGUUCUAUAUUAUACAUUCCAGCUCCGUCUGUUUCAAACAAUCGCUAUAAGCUCCCAUCUAGACCGAACCUUAUUGAUAAAACGAUAAAUAUGAAAAGGAAUGGUCCAUCCAAUUCAAUAAAUAGCGGCUUUAAUAACUUUUAUAAUUUGGCUGAGGGAGUAAAUAAUAACUCUAGUGGUACGUCAACGGAACCAUCAAUCAAUGUAUCUGUCAGAAGUGCUUCCGAUACUCAACAGCCGAGUACCAGUAAACCUUUAAGCGAAAGAGAAAAUACUAUUCCUAGACCUGUACUUAUUGAUAUUACAGAAGAUACUCCUAAAAAUUCUCCAAGCUGUAAUUUCUGUCCUUAUGAAGAUUUGUCGUCAGAUGAUGACAACGAAAUUGUAAAGGUUAUAAAACUUUCGCAAGAAAACAGUCGUGUCAAUCCCAGCGAUCAAGUUCAAAGUCAAUCGCCUUCGAAUCACACUCAAGUAUAUAGUUCUAAUCCCAGCAGUAACGCCUUGGAAAGUAGUGCAUUAACUCAUUCGUACAAUUAUACCAAUAGCGUUUCGAAUUCUUAUGAAGAAGCUAUUAACAAUCAAGAGCGUCCACUAGAUCUGUCGUUGAAUCGUCGAACGGGAGAAUCCGCAGUCGUUUCCGAAAACUCGAAGCAGACAACUCUAGAAAAUAGAAGUUCUACAUCUCAAUCCACUUCAACCGAAUUAUCUAGGAACGCCAAUAGUAAUAAGUUAAAUGAACUUUUGAACUCGAAUUCUGUCCUAAAUCAACCCGAGAAAGUGGCUAAUAUAUUUAAUCAUUCCACUCAAAAUAUAUCUGAAUUGAAUAAUGAUAAUCAACUGCAUAAUCCUCGAAUAAUGGACGUGAGUUUUAUUUCUCGAAGAUUUCAAAGUGGCAAUCUACCUGACUUUCCAGACACGCUUAGUAAGGAUCAUAUGGCUCUUAACCGAACUCCAUCUACUCCACAACGAACUUCAUCUAGUCUACAAAUUAAUAACGAGCCAAAAAGCUUUAUGGUCGUUCCUGAUAAUAACCAAGGUGGAAGUUGUAAUCAAACUUUUAUGGCAAAUUUUGUUCCGCCUCAUAGUCAAAUACAAGGCUACGACUUGAAUCAAAAUGCAUUGAACAAUUAUCACUCUUUGGGCUUAUCUGGAAACUAUUAUCAAUCAAAUCAGAAUAAUACAACUCUUGAGUCGCGUCAUUUAAGCAUAUCGGACGAAAAUGGAAAUGUUUCAUACGGUCCAUUUACAAACAACGCGUACGGACUAUCUCAAAAUAGUGUUGUAAACAUUGCAUAUAAUCCCGACAGAAUUCCAGAUUGCUCCCUUUGUGUAAGUUCGUUCAACGCCACAAAUGAUUGUCAAAAUCCUCUGAGUUCUCUUCGAAAUUCAGUUGCUGCUCCUAUAAGCAACACGCAGUUUGCUUCAUACGAUGUCCAAAAUGGUAACAUAAUCAAUACUGGAUUGGAACAUGCUUCUGGAUACGCUUCAAAUAUUGACAAUCGGAAUCAAGUUGGCCUAAACAACUUUGAAGACAAUAAAUCUUUUAGUUUCUUCAGUAAAUCUCAAGACGACUCUCGUUCGAAUAUGUCACCAAGCGGUGACUCAGAUGCUUCAACCGACAAUAACGGCGAACAGAGCUUUUAUUGCAAUUUGAACUUUGAUCCAAGCUAUUUCCCUAGUAGUAUCUUGAAAAACAUUCCUGUUAGUAUGUUGAAUCGUUUAAUGAGUAACUGUCCAAUAACGACCGAAAAUUCAGCUACAACUGAUACACAAGUGACUUAUUCCGCAGGACAUAAUAAUUAUCAGUGUAACACAUCUGGCAUCGAAGUAACAUCACAUAGUACUCAGGCAAAUGUUCAACAAAAUGUAGUAGCGACAGCGAUUGCUACUGCAACUAUUACUACUAUCACUACUACUAGUACCACUGAUAGCAGUUUUCAAAGUGAUAAUUUGCAUUUUCUAACGAUGGAAAGAAAUUCAAAGGAUACCAAGUCAACUACUCGGGGAAAAUCGUCUAUGAAAAAUAACUCUGGGAAUUCUCAAGUUUCAAUUCUGGAAUCGAUCUUGAAAAAUAGUCCGAAAGGUAAUAGAAAAUCAUCCCUAAAGUACUCGCAACAGCGUACACCAAUUCCACGAAGUGAAAAAAUCGGACGGAAAAGCAGUACAAAAAUUAACCCACGAAAUCAAAAUGGUUCUAAAAGAACUCGUGGCACCGCAACAAAGGCAACGCCCAAAAGAUAUUCCAAAAAACAGGCCAAAAUUGCUUCAACUUGUGCUUCCUAUCCUAUUUUGACAUCCACCGAGUCACUAUUAGAUAUUGUUGAUCGAAGAGCUUCCAACGCUACGACAAAUACAUCACCGCCGCCGUUUACUCAAAAUUAUAAUCCAACAGCACCAGUACAGACAACGUUAAACAAAAAUAUACGAAAUACUGCGAGUACCAGUCAAGUAGAUUAUCCUUAUUAUGGUAAAUCAAAUCUUUCAUCGAACAUUAAUUCUAACUGGAUUUACCAAACUGGUUCAACUCAAACUAGCAGUCAACAAAUUCCUCCGUGUCAUCCAACUAAACUUUAUUCACAAUAUAAUACUCCCAGUUUAACCUCAAACAUUGAUACCGGCUACGUCCAACAAUAUCCUGUAAAAUAUUUAAUGAACGACCAGAACAAAGUUGCAGUGACAAGUUCCAACGCAGUUUCGUAUACCUCUACUAUUUCAUCUGUUGGGUCGACUUUCAUUGAAAGUACUUUAGAUUCUACUAUGCAGCCGGACUAUCCUCAACAAGCCCCGAAACCUACAUCAAGUACUUGUUCACGCUCGGUUGAACAACCUGCUUCCAUUCCACCUUUAAAAUGGAUUUUAAAAGGAACUAGUUGGGAAAGAGUUUCAACUACCGAUAAUUCACAAUCUACUUAUGAUACUGGUGCAGCCGAUAGAUCUGAGUCUGUCAAGGCAAAGAUUUCUGUUCCACCUCUGGAAUCAACGUUAUGCAAGGAUAGCCAAAAAUGUUAUUCGAAUUUAAAUUUAACUCAACAUAUAAAGGGCUGUAUCUCAAGUUCCACCAGUCAAAAGCCUGAUAGUUCACCGCUAGACUCGUCAAUAAGUGAAACUAUUCAACAGAGUCAACCGAAUUCCAGCUUUCCGCAAACUAAUGAGAAUUUCUCCUCGAAUAUUAACUCCAGCCCAAUUAUAGAAAACGUUGUUACAAAAAAAAGCUCUUCAAAUCCCACUUGUACAAAACCUAAAAAGAGUUCAAUCUCGAGUAUUUGCUCCAUUAAACCAGUUACACGUACACCAUCAGUUAAAUCGAUUGCUAGUGAUUAUGUUCAGGAAAAUGCUCCAGGCUUACAACGAAGUGAGAAGGAACCUAUCCCAAAAAACAAUUCCAACAGCAAUCCCCAAAGCACUACUGCUCAAUCAUUGAAGAUGGUUAUUUGUAAAAGGAAUGGAAAGACCUAUUCAAAUCCUGGUCAAUUAAAAUCAAAUACUUCAACUUCAAACAUCGAACGCGUUACUGUUGCUAAAAAUACAGCCAAUCCACCUGUGAAGCCUGUUUCAAGAAGAAAAGGUCGAAAAAGUUCUCGUUAUCAAUCAGAAGAGCCUGAGGGGAAUACUGCUUCGAAUGCUAAACCAAAUGUUGUUGAUCCAAAAACUACUGUUGUUCCUCCGUUAAAACUUUUUAUAUGUAAAAAGGAUGGAAAAAGUUAUUUAAAUUCCGCUACUUUACUAUCUAAGAACAACCUUUCUUCGAGAGUCGACUCUGCUACCGUUGCGAGUUCUAAUACUUCAUUAAUGAAAUCAAACGCAAGUAAACAGACUCGAAAAAGCACUUUCGAAUCAGUUGAAUCAAAUACUAUUGACGAAAUAGUGAAUAACUCGAAGGUACGUAGAAAAGUACGAAAGAAUUCUUUAGAUCCUGCUCAUAAAACAAAAUAUUUGCCGAAUACACAGAUUCCAGAUACAAGUGCUAGCUCAAGCUCUUGUGGCCGAGAUAUCACCGUUCCGCCAGUGGAAUCGUUGUUUCUUGAUAAAGAAAAAACACUUUCACAGUCCAAGUCUCUCCCUCAGACUGAUACUAAGCAACUUGAGGAUACUGCAUCGAAUAGUGAUAACGACUCGAGUGAUAGGGAUUCUACUACUUCGCUGUUUGAGUCACUUUCAAAGAAAUAUAGGAAUGAAGAUUUUUCAGGUGUUCCUUUGAAGAUGAACUAUCAAUAUUAUCUAGAGCUUCCAUCUGAUUCGGAGUAUUAUCAAGAUAAAAAUACUCGUGAAAAAAAAACUGUUGAAGAUGACUCCUCUUCCUUGGCAGACGAGUAUACUUUUCAUAAUAACACAUGGCAACCUUCGUAUACUGCCUUUCGGCCAGCUGAAUAUCCUGUUAGUGAGAAUAAUUGGCCAGGGCCUUAUUCGGCGAAAAACUAUUUACAAAAUGCAACAAGCCAAAAUCUUACGUCAACUGCUAGCUACAGCUCUGUUCAGAAGCCAAUAGUUUCUACUUUACCUGCAGUCGAAUAUAACACCUGUCUACAAAAUUCUUCUUAUAUAUCUUAUCCUCAAUACGCUACAGAGAGUCAAACGUCUACUACUAGCUCAAACCCUACAAAGCAAUGUACUGCCAAUUCACCUGCAGUUUCUUUGUCGAAUACAAAUAUUCAGCAAAACAAUUCUUCAGAUGCUCCACUCAGAGUAGCAUAUCCCGAGUAUACUAAGGAGAGCAGCAGUUUCGAAUUUGCUCAACUAAACACUCCUGCUUCGCUUGCAGUAUCAUCGUCGAAUUCCUCCAAUCAACAAAAUUGUCCUGCAGAUGAUCCUCCUACGGCAAUGUAUCCUCAUUGUGCUCAUGAGAGUUGUACCUUUUGUAGUAGUUUUAAUUCUGUUCAAUUAAUCACUCCUGCUUUGCUUUCAGAAGCGUUACCGAUUACAACUAGUCAACAAAAAAGCUCACAAGAUGCCCAAUUCGAGGCGACGUAUCCGAUAUAUUAUACUCUUUCGGCAAGCGCAAGCUCUAACGUCUCUACAUCAUCUUCAGUAUCAUCUCCGUAUAGAGAUCAUGGUUCGGCAGAUGUUCCAUAUCAGAUAACUUAUCCCCAAUAUACUACCCACAUCCAAUAUACUGGUCAAAAUGAUAUUACGAGUGCUAACACCAGGUCUGUUGAACAAAGUGCUCUUUCUUUGGCGGCUCCAGAAUGUUAUUCAGAUGGGAAUAAUUGGCAAAGUUUAUCGCCCGAUUCAACUGUAGCAACUUAUCCGCAAAAUACUAAACAAAGUCGAAAUGAUAGCGGUGGCGGUAGAAAUUGUAAUUCAAGCGUGACUGAAAGUCGUACAAAACAAAACAUUGGAAUUCCACCUGUGGAAACUAUCCUGAACAAGGAUCAAUAUAAAUUAUAUUCUAAUAUGGAAGCGACAGCAGAUUAUAGACGACCAAUACCACCUGUGGAGUCUAUUCUAAGUAGUCGAUGGAAAUUUUCAAACCCAACAACCAAAACGUGUAUUUCAAGUGUCACAUCAAAUUGCGCUGAAAGAACGACUACGACUCUUUCGACUGCUGGCAGGGACUUGAAAAAUGCGACAAAAAACAUCGAGCAUUCUUCUACAGGAAAAGACAACAUGAAAAAACCAUUUCAGAAUACGCAGAGCACUAGUUCAAAUCUGGCUGUAUCUACGAAUACGAAUAGGAUACAGGUAAGUACUUCAAUAUCUUCUCAUAAUGACAACGUUCAAAGUGGAACUGCAACUCAUAACGCUGACGAAUCCCAAGCUACAGAGGAUACGAAUGAAUGA